AUGAGCUCGCAGGGUGACAGCCAGCCGUCGCAGGACAGCACCAUGACACUCAUGCAGGACAACCUCCACGAGGUGCUGUACUUUGCCUACGGCUCCAACCUAUCGACGGAGCAGAUGCGCCAGCGAUGCCCGUACUCUACACCCGUCGGACUGGCGUACCUUGAAGGGUGGAAAUGGAUCAUCAACGCCCGCGGAUACGCCAACAUUGUGCAACUCCCUCUCGACGAUAACGAGGAUGACACCGGCAAGGGCAAGGGCAAGGCGGUCUACGAUGAGGAGCACGGCGUGUACGGACUCCUGUACCUCCUCCCCCCGCAGGACGAGGAGCGGCUGGACCAGCACGAGGGCGUCCCCUGGGCGUACCAAAAGUUCCAGGUCAACGUCAAGUGGGCGCACUCCAAGGACAGCGACGAGACGCUGCGGGCGCUUGUCUACGUCGACGGGCAGCGCGUCGAGGAGGACGUGCCGCGGGACGAGUACGUGGGGAGGAUGGAGAGGGGCAUCGAGGACGCGGUUGACAACUGGGGGAUGGAUGAGGAUUGGGCGGAUAGGAUCAUGAGGCGGUUCUGGGUUGAGGAGGAGUGA